AUGAGUGAAGAAGUUUGCGCUUGCUUGACAAACAAUCAACUCAAAUCGUUCAAAAAGGCAUUUAACCACUACUCCAGACAAAACAAUGGAAUUCUUAAACCAGAAGAUCUUCCAAAAGCCCUUAAGAUGGUAGGAAUCCGUCCAACAGAUGAAGAAAUCCAAGAAAUGAUUGAAGAAAUUGGUACUGAUAAUCCAAUCGAUAUUGUCGAAUUUACAAUUUGCAUUUAUUAUUUCUUGCGUGCUGCAGAUACCCAAGAAGAGCUUAUCAAUGCAUUCAAAAUAUUCGAUAAAAAGAAACAAGGCAAGCUCCCAACAGCUACAAUUCAGCAAAUUUUAACCAGCCUGAAGCAUCCGGUUUCACAGCCUCUUAUUCAAGAAUUGAUUUCUCAACUCGAUAAGGAUGGAAGCCAUAUGAUUGAUUAUGCUGAAAUGAUACGUCUCAUGCGUCCAAAUUAG